CGAGCCAGAUUCGACAACCCAUCAUAUCCGGGCCUUUGCUUGUCUUACACUCACUCCCCUUCGAAGUACGACUUAUUUCCUCGUCAAAACGAGGCCCAACGCGAGAAGUCCCGCCCACGACGAGAUGGCGGACGAACAGAGCUCCAUCUGGCCCUACGACCCAUCCUUCCCAGUCACCAUUCUCGCCACUGUCCUCUAUGGCCUUGUCUUCCUCGCAAUCUUUUACCUCACCGUCAUCAAGUACCGCGCCUGGUUCUUCACUGCCGUUGUCGUCGGUGCCGCCGUCGAAGUGCUCGGCUAUGCUCUGCGGUGCUACUCCAUCAAGCAGCCAACCCAGGUCGGCCCCUUCGCCGCAAGCCAAACCCUCAUCGUGCUCGCCCCCGUCCUCAUCGCCGCCGGCAACUACCUGCUCAUCGGCCGCCUCAUCCGCGCCGUCCUCGACCGUGCCCGCACCCGCCACCGCGUCUUGGGCAUCCCCGCCCGCCUGCUCACCCGCGUCUUUGUCGGCUGCGACGUCCUCUCCUGCCUGGUCCAGGCCAGCGGCUCGUCUAUCUCCAGCUCGGUGCAGUGGGUGGGGACGACGGCUGAGGUGGGCGUGUAUGUGCUGAUUGGGGGGCUGGUGUUGCAGGCGGUGGCGUUUGCGGUGUUCUUGGGGAUUUUGGCGAGGUUUUGGUACUUGGCGACGAGGAAGGGGGGGUGUCUGGCGGGGGAUGCGCCGGUGGGGUGGGAGAGGGUGGUGCUGGCGGUUUUUGUGUCGUCGGUUUUGAUCAUGAUACGCUGCAUCUACCGCGUGGCCGAGUUUGCUGAAGGCAUCGAAGGAUACUCGUUCACACACGAGUGGCUGUUCUGGGUGUUUGAGUCGGUGCCGAUGCUCAUCGCUAUCGGGGUGUUUUGUGUUUUCCACCCCAGCGCCUACCUCGGCCGCGACGGGGCUUCUAGAAAGGUUGGCGAGCCUGGGGAUUCGGAGCAGGCCGCCACUGAGCUGCGCAUAAGCUACGACAGCGGUCGCAGUCUCCGUUAAGGAAACCGACCUGGUCCGGUUCCCCCGUGCCUUCCGGUUGAAGAUGGCUUGUUAACAACGGAACUGUAUUCCGGUCUCACAUGGUCAAUAUCAAAAAGCAUGUGUCAUGUGUUAGGUAGAUCACAAAUUGAACCAGCAUAGAGGGUAUUAAUUAGACCAGAAAGCGAAGGCCGCCCCCCCCCUU